GGAUAUCAAGCGCCCUAUGUUGGCGGCAGGCGCCAUUAUUUCACAUCACCGGUAGUGCACUUAAAGUAGGGAGCGAGGGGUUGUUUGGUAUUCAGCCAGUUCAGUCAACUCAACUUAUGGACCACGGAGCUUGUUAUGCUUGUUCUCCGCGAGGAUAAUUAUGGCUAUAAAUAGUAUGGCUCGCUCGUGAGGAUGAUUAUCAGUCUGAUUUCGCAGGGGUUUGUGAAUAAAAUAGAAGAAGAUAAAGUUCUCGCGGACUUCUUGCAGCUAGCUAACGGCAGCAGUUAGCAUAGACACUUCCUCAAUGCAGUGCCGAGCGAUGAGAGAUUUAGCAUGCGACCCGUGAACUUAGAAAUGUGAGUAUGCGUUUAUAGCACUGUUAAUAAACUUAUUAUUACACUCGUUGUUUGGCUAUAAACGUAAAUCAGUUGGUUUCUUUACGAAACUUAAAGGUGUAAGCGGAGUUAGCUGCGUUUACAGUCGCUACAGUAUGCGGUAAGGACAAAAAAAAGUGAUUUCCAGACCAACUAGCUAUAAUUAUAAAACUUUAAUACAUUAUCGUUUCUUAGCGAAUUUAUAUAUCUUCAUGUUGGAAAAGUACAAAACUAGGGUUAGAAAUAUCUGUCUGCAUCAUUCGCUAGUUAUCUAAUGACUUAGUCGCGGCUAGGUUUCUUUCCUAGUUCCUAUUAUUAACAAGCUAACAGGUAAACUAGCUUGUUUUUUCGAAUAAUAUUUUUAUUUUUAUGGUUUGUGAACUUUUAAGGGUUUUUUUACACCCUCAUUUAGCUACCUCAGGGGUCAAAAAACUACACAAAGUGUUUUGGAUCCAAUCUACCCAUCUUUCCCCUCUUUGGUUAUUCUGGGAACCAUUUCACAACGUUUUGGGAACGUUUUGUUUGCUGGAAUUUCACGAGACGUUAAGAUCCCGUGUAAAGUGGACCCUAUUCAGAAAGUGUAAUGCCGCACAGUUGACCGUUCUUCUCAUUAGUAUGUGUGAAACCGCACUAGCUCGCUCUAACUAGUGUCUCAGCUUUGCUCUGCAACAAAAAAAGGAGAGAAAAAAAAUGCCUGUAGUAUAUUCAAAACUUCCCUCGCAACUGAGGAGGUCUUCAGCAGCCAAGAAAGUGGUUUUCCUCCUGGUGGCUGCAUACGGAGUGAAAAGACUCUACCCGUACGUCUCUGAAAGACUUAAAGCACGUCCCAAUGCUGGGGAUGGUAGAUUGAACGUGCAUCACACGAAUGGAGAGCCGGUGGAGGUCACGGAGAGGCGCAAGAGGAAGAGAAACUCACCUGCUGUGAACCGAGAGUUCCUUUUGCGCUUGAAGCGGCUUCUGAGCAUCCUUUUCCCUCGGUUUUUCUGCAAGGAGCUGGGUCUGCUGGGUUUCCACUCAGUCGCUCUGAUCUCUCGCACAUUCCUGUCUAUUUACGUCGCCAACUUGGACGGUAAAAUAGUGAAGACCAUAGUGAAAAAAGACCCCCAGGCGUUCAUGUGGGAGUUAACCAAAUGGCUCCUGAUCGCUAUCCCGGCAACGUUUGUAAACAGCGUUAUCCGUUAUCUGGAAGGCCAGCUAACCCUGGCGUUUCGCACCAGGCUGGUGAGCCACGCUUACCAGCUUUACUUCAGCAACCAGACCUAUUACCGUGUCAGCAACAUGGACGGCAGGCUGGCCAACCCGGACCAGUCGCUGACGGAGGACGUUGUGAUGUUCGCCGGCUCCGUCGCUCACCUGUACUCCAACCUGACGAAGCCCUGCCUGGACGUGGUGAUGACCUGCUACACGCUGAUCAAAACGGGGCAGUCUAAAGGUGCCAACACGACCUGGCCUUCGGUGAUCGCCGGCAUUGUGGUGGCGCUCACGGCCAAAAUCCUGCGAGCGUUUUCCCCACGCUUCGGGAAGCUGGUGGCCGAGGAAGCCAAGAGGAAAGGGGACUUGAGGUACAUGCAUUCACGCAUCAUCGCCAACUCGGAGGAGAUCGCCUUCUACGGGGGUCACAAGGUGGAGAUGUCGCAGCUGCAGCGGAGCUACGAGGCACUGCGCUCGCAGAUCAACCUGAUCCUCUUCAAGCGGCUGUGGUACGUCAUGCUCGAACAGUUCCUCAUGAAGUAUCUGUGGAGCGCCUCGGGUCUCGUCAUGGUGGCCGUGCCCAUUAUCACCGCUCCGGGGUAUUCCUCACAUGAUUCAGAGGACGUGAAGCAGGCAGUGAUCGGGAUGAAGGAGGAAGAGCUGGUGAGCGAGCGCACCGAAGCCUUUACCACAGCCAGGAACCUCUUAAACGCAGGCGCCGACGCCGUGGAGCGGAUUAUGAGCUCCUACAAGGAGGUGACGGAGCUGGCAGGCUACACAGCGCGCGUGUACGAGAUGUUUGACGUGUUCGAGGAGGUGUGUGAUGGUGUGUAUCGCCGAUCAGUCGAGGACCCGCAGGGCACAGAGAAACAUGGCGGGUCACGUGAAGUGAAACAUGGUAUGAGGUUGGAGGGGCCUCUACACAUCAGAGGUCAAGUAAUCGACGUGGAGCAAAGCAUCAGAUGUGAGAACCUGCCCAUCAUAACACCCACAGGCGACGUUGUAGUGUCCAGCCUCAACAUCAAGGUGGACGAAGGAAUGCAUCUGUUAAUCACGGGCCCGAACGGCUGCGGUAAGAGCUCUCUGUUCCGGAUCCUGAGCGGCCUGUGGCCCGUGUACAGCGGGGUCCUGUACAAACCUCCGCCGCAGCACAUGUUCUACAUCCCACAGAGGCCAUACAUGUCCGUUGGCACUCUGCGGGAUCAGGUGAUUUAUCCCGACACGGAUCAGGAGAUGCGAGAGCGAGGCUUCACCGAUCAGCAGCUGGAGGGAAUCCUGCGUACCGUCAACCUCCUCUAUAUCCUCGAGAGGGAGGGAGGCUGGGAUGCAGAGAGUGACUGGAAGGAUGUUCUGUCUGGAGGAGAGAAGCAGAGGAUGGGCAUGGCCAGGAUGUUCUACCACAGGCCCAAAUAUGCUCUCUUGGACGAAUGCACCAGCGCCGUUAGUAUCGACGUGGAGGGGAAAAUCUUUGAAGCCGCUAAGGAUGCUGGGAUUGCACUUCUCUCAAUCACACAUCGUCCGUCUCUGUGGAAGUACCACACCCACCUGCUGCAGUUUGAUGGCGAGGGCGGCUGGCGCUUCGAAAGGCUGGACGCGUCCACGCGGCUCUCGCUGCAGGACGAGAAGCUGCGGCUAGAGACACAGCUCUCAGGGAUCCCCAAGAUGCAGCAGCGUCUGUCUGAACUGUGCAGCAUUCUGGGUGAAAACAGCAGCGUGCUGAGCCCCACGGAGAUGGAGGGGGAGCGACAGGAGGAGGAGGAGAGAGAGAGGAAGCAGCAGGAGGAGAGGGAGGAGAGAGACGCGCUCCCUGGUGAACAGGGACGAGGCCUUAUGGAGUGAUUUGAUGCCAGGAGACGGAGAUGAUUUCAAAGCCAGCUGUUUGUGUGAGCGUGUCUGUGCGUGUGAAUGUGAGUGUGUGUGUCUGUGCAAGUGUGUGGAUCCAUAUACAUGGGUUAAUAAUCUCAGAUCAAAAUGAUUAGCUCUGAUGUGGUCUUUAGGGGCUUACCUUAAUUGGGUUUUCCACUGCAUACAUGUUUGUGCAUGUGUGUGUGUGUGUGUAUGUGUGUGUGUUAGAUAUGGGAAGAAAAGCAUGAGGCCAGUGCCAGUUCUUGCAGGUGCAGCAGAUGAUGAAAGCUGCUCAAUCCCAUGUUAUUACAAUUCUCUACAGAAUUUGCACAAACUCUCUGGCUCCUUGGGUGUGUGUGUGUGUGUGUGUGUGUCUGAGGAAGUGAGAAAGGAGAGAAGGGAGGCGUUUGGGAAAGGGGCUGCUGUCAGACCACUGACUGCAGUUCUGUUGUAUUGUUCGUUUUAAUAACAGUCUCACCAUGCUGAUAUAACGUUAGGGAUUACCACUCAGUGCUGUAGGCUUCUUUCUAUGCCGUGUUUUUGUACGGUUUGAUUUGUAAACUCUGUCAGAAUGAUAACCACCACACAGCUUGAUGUGAAACUAUGAAUCAGGGUCGGGCGAUUAUGCCAAAACUUGUAUCACGAUACUUAGGAAUUUAAUUAUAACCUGUUUCCAUCCUCUAUCUGCGAAUCCCCAAUCAUAUGACAGUCGAGUAUCUUAAAGAAUAAAGCCCUUUUUUUGGGGGGGGGAGCACUAGCUGUGCUGUGCUGUAUUCACGAGCUAAGACAGAAACAGUCUUCUGUAAUUAAGCACUUAUUUUUCCCUUUAAUCAGGGUGUAAAGAGCACUUAACAUGCGCAUGUGGGUGGAGCCUGAACGGGUGCAGGCUGUUGAUUGGUCCAACAAGUGCCAUUUAAAAUGUCACAUGAAGUUAUUUUUUUU